AUGGAGGAGUUUGUACUGGUGCGGCACGGCGAGUCUGAGGGCAACAUCGCCUUCAACCGCUCGGUCGCUGGUGAUCACUCGCUCUACUCUGGUGCGUUUCUCGAGCGGCACUCCUCCUUCUGGCGGCUGUCUGAUCGCGGCCGAGAACAAGCGGCUGCAACGGGCGAGUGGAUGAGAGCCCACAUGGACGUCAACUUCGACGCACACUUCUCGUCGGAAUACCUGCGCGCGAUGGAGACGGCGGCGCUGCUCGAGCUGCCCAGUGCUCGCUGGCGGCCCGAGGUGAUGCUGCGCGAGCGCGAUUGGGGAGAGUACGACCUCGCGUCACAGGAGGAGCGGCGCAAUGCGUUCGAGCAGUACGAGGCGAGGCGGCGGCGCGAGAGCCUGUUCUGGGCGCCACCGGGCGGCGAGUCGCUCGCGCAGGUUGUCCAGCGGAUCGACAAUGUCCUGCUCUACUGCAACCGGCGCUUUGGCGGCCAGCGCGUCAUAUUCGUGUGCCACGGCGAGCUGAUGUGGGCCUUUCGGCUGCGGCUGGAGCGGUUUAGCGGCUUGGUGUACCGAGAGAUGCAGGCUGACCCGCGACCGGGCGAGCGCAUCAACAACUGCCAGGUGAUCACCUACUCGCGGCGUGAUCCAGAGACGGGCGCCCUCGAGAAUGACUUUCGCUUCAUGCGCUCCCUCUGCCCCUGGGACCCCUCAGCGUCCUACACGGGGUGGCGGCGGCUCGAUCGCGGCUCGACGCUCCUCAGCAACGAGGAGAUGCUGCGCGCCGUCAACGCGCACCCACGCAUCGUCAAC